AAGUGAUUGGCAUAGUCUGUAUGGCAUGAAUGCAUGAGCCAAAAAAGGAAAGAGAAAAAAAAAUGAGAAGCUUGAAAUAAAAUUUUCUUAUUAUAAUUUUUUUUAAUUUAGAACCCUGAUAUAUAAUCAAUUUAACUGUGUGAAAAAAUUUAUGCCUAAACACACAUCAUCACUAUGUCAACUUAUUUUCUCUAUUCUUUUGUGUAGCUGUACGCUCUUACUCUCAGGUAGUGUUUGGUUCAACAAAGGGGAAGGGAGGGGAGUUUUACAUACUGUUUGGUUUUGAAAAAUUAAUAGAAGGGGAGGGAAAUAUGGUUUUGGGAGGACUACAAGGUAACUGUAUGGUUUUCUUCUCUCAUCAACGAAUUACUUCUCCAUUUAAAACAGGUGGGCUCUCACUUAAUAGAAUUGCUGUAUGUUUUGAUAGGAGGUUUCAAGGUAAUUCUUUUGAAGGCCCAAUACCAUCUUCAUUUAGCAAUCUGACUUCUCUCGAAGAGUUGAGAAUAAGUGACAUAUCUAAUGGGAGUUCCUCACUGGCAUUUAUAAGGAACAUGAAGUCCUUGACUACCUUAGAACUGAGGAAUAACAAAAUUUCUGAUUCAAUUCCAUCCAAUAUUGGUGAAUUUCUCAAUUUGACCCAUCUAGAUUUGAGCUUCAAUAACAUCACGGGACAGAUUCCAGAGUCACUUUUCAAUAUGAGUUCAUUAUUAUACUUGUUUCUUGGAAAUAACAGCCUCAGUGGCACUAUCCCAACCCUGAUAAGCCCGUCUCUUCUCACUGUAGACUUGUCCUACAACAGUCUAUCAGGGAGCCUCCCUUCUUGGGUAAACCUGCCAAAUUUACAAAUUGGUCUUCCUGAAGGUCUCUACUGCUUGCAACAAAAUUUUCCUUGCAAUCGUGGUCCUGGAAUAUAUUAUGACUUUGCAAUCAAGUGUGGUGGUAAUUCAACUACAACAUCAGAUGGAAUGGUGUAUGAAAGUGAUAAUGAGGCACUUGGUCCUGCUACUUAUUUUGUUACUGAUACAGAAAGAUGGGCAGUUAGCAAUGUUGGGGUAUUUACUUUUUCCAACAAUAAUCCAUACACAAGUCUGGUGUCUACUGAUUUCACUGGUAGUUUGGACCAAACCCAGUCAGCCCGGCUCUCUCCUUCUUCAUUAAGGUAUUAUGGUCUGGGACUGGAAAACGGGAAUUACAACAUCUCCCUCUUUUUCACAGAAACAUCAAUACCUAAUCCAGGUGCUUCUGCUUCAUGGAGAAGUCUUGGAAGACGGGUCUUUGAUAUAUAUAUCCAGGGGAAUCUUGUUUUGGAGGAUUUUAGUAUACAAAAGGAGGCAGAGAAGGGCUCUAUUAGUGCUGUCAAAAAAGAUUUUCAGGCUCGUGUAUCAGAAAACUAUCUUGAGAUCCAUCUCUUUUGGGCUGGAAAAGGGACUUGCUGCAUACCAGCUCAAGGUUCUUAUGGUCCUCUUAUUUCAGCAAUUAGAGCUACCCCAGAUUUCACUCCCACUGUCAGCAAUAAACCUCCUAACAGUGAAAAUGACAAACCUCCUGCCAGUGAAAUUGACAAUCCUCCAACCAGUAAAAGGAACAGAACAGGUUUGAUAGUGGGACUUGUUGUUGGUAUUGGAGUUGUAGGCUUUCUGUCUGUCCUUGUCGUUUUCUGUAUCAUUCAGAAAAGAAAGCAUCAUGGAGAUAGUGAAGAGCUUUUAGGUAUUGAUAUAAAGCCAUACACUUUCAACUAUUCUGAGUUAAAGAAUGCUACAGAUGACUUCAAUCCUGGCAAUAAACUUGGAGAGGGAGGUUUUGGACCAGUUUUUAAGGGAACACUUAAUGAUGGAAGAGUAAUUGCUGUGAAACAAUUAUCUGUAGGAUCUCAUCAAGGAAAGAGCCAGUUCAUAGCUGAGAUAGCUAUUAUAUCUGCCGUGCGACAUCGUAAUCUUGUUAAACUCUCUGGAUGUUGCAUUGAAGGAAACAAAAGACUUCUUGUUUAUGAGUAUCUUGUAAACAGGAGUCUUGAUCAAGCUUUGUUUGGAAAUUGUUUAACUCUCAAUUGGCCCACACGCUAUGAUAUCUGCAUGGGUAUAGCAAGAGGUUUAGCUUAUUUGCAUGAAGAGUCUCGGCCACGUAUUGUGCACCGUGAUGUAAAAGCUAGUAAUAUUCUGCUUGAUCAUGAGCUUAUCCCUAAAAUAUCUGAUUUUGGUUUAGCCAAAUUAUAUGAUGAUAAAAUGACCCAUAUAAGCACCCAUGUAGCUGGGACAAUUGGUUAUCUUGCUCCAGAGUAUGCCAUGCGUGGGCGCCUUACCGAGAAAGCAGAUGUGUUUUCUUUUGGUGUUUUGGCCCUAGAGAUAGUUAGUGGGAGGCCAAACUCUGAUUCAAGCUUGGAAGAAGAGAAGAUGUAUCUUCUAGAAUGGGUUUGGCAGCUGCAUGAAAACAACUGUAUUGUCGAACUGGUAGAUCCUAGACUAUCAUCAGAUUUCAAUGAGGAAGAAGUCAAUCGAAUGGUAGGGAUAUCUCUUCUCUGCACUCAGUCAUCACCAUUGUUAAGGCCAGCAAUGUCCCGUGUUGUGGCAAUGCUUUCUGGGGAUAUUGAAGUCAGCACUGUAACUUCAAGGCCUGGAUACUUGACAGGCUGGCAAUUUGAUGAUAUGAGCAGCUUCAUGACUAGCUUGGUCACAAAGGAAUCAGAUAUAAGUCAACACAACUCAUUAAGUGCCAGCAGAUGGAGUACUGAAAACCAAUCACCUGUAGAUGCUUCUAAACCCAUCCUUCAUCACAAUCCAAGUUAAGUUAGGUAAAAAAUUGAUUAAUGAUGGCACCUUUUGGUUUCCAGUUCAUGUGUAUAACAUACACUAGAGAAUGAGACUGAGAUUGUGCUCCUCAAAUUUUGUUUUCGAAAUCUGUAUUUUUUAUAAUAUCAUAACCUCUUCA